UUCUCAUUACUUCACAAAUAAAACACGAAACAAACACGUCCCCCGAACCUCAAAACCCUUUGUCUCGCUAGCUUUCUUCUCUUUACUUCUCUCUGAAAAACCAAGAACUCUCUCUAUCACUCUCUCUCUCUACGAUGGAAGACGACGACGAAUUUGGAGAUCUCUACACUGACGUCUUACGUCCAUUCUCUUCAUCCUCAUCCUCUACUCCGCAACCAACACAACCUCUCUCUGCACCCUCUUCUCUCCACCGUCCGAUCGAUAUCAACGACGCCGUCAAAGACGACGAUGACGAGAUCCUCCACGGCAAUCCUCCUGAUCCAUCCAAUCGAAACUCUAUUCAAAUUACCUCUUAUUCAGCUCCUCGAAUUAGGGUUUUGGGAGAUGCAGAAUCGCCUAUUAAAGGAUCCAUUGGCGAGGACACAGAGGUCAGUUUUGAUAUCGAGGAGGUCAAUACUGGGAUUCUUGAAGAUUCGGGCCCGAUUAUCCCUGGAUUGAUGGAAGAUGAUUCUAGAAAGAGGGAAGCUUCUGCUGAGAUCAGUGGCGGUGGUGGCGAUUGGCAAGACGAGGAGGAGAGUGAUAGCGAGGAUGAUUUGCAAAUAGUGUUGAAUGAUAACACUCAUCCUGGCGGGACCAUGGGAAUUGAUAGAGAGAUCGGUGAUGAUGACGAGGAUGGGGACCCGCUUGUGAUUGUCGCUGAUGGAGAUGGACCGAAUCAAGCGAUAGAGGAGCAGGAUUGGGGUGGCGGUGAGGAUGGGGUUGCGGCUGCAGGAGGUGGGGCAGAAGGCGAGAGGAAAGAAGUAGGAGAAGCGGUGGGGAAAGGAAAUGCAGUGGUCGGACCGAAGAUUGGGUAUAGCAAUCAUGUGUAUCAUCAUCAUCCGUUUCAUUCUCAGUUUAAGUAUGUAAGACCUGGUGCAGCACCGAUGCCUGCAGCUACUAGUGUUGGUCCCGGAGGAACUCCAGGUCAAGUCCGUCCUCCUAUGAACAUGGGUGCUAUAGCUGGUCGAGGUAGAGGUGACUGGCGACCAGUAGGAAUAAAAGGUGCCCCUCAAAAGAACUUUCAUCCAGGAUUUGGGGGGUCUGCUUGGGGUGCAGGGAGGGGUUUUGGCAGUGGAAUGGAAUUCACGCUUCCUUCCCACAAGACCAUAUUUGAUUUUGACAUUGAUGGCUUUGAGGAAAAGCCAUGGAAAUAUCCUGGCGUGGACAUAUCGGACUACUUCAACUUUGGUUUGAAUGAGGAGAGCUGGAAAGAUUAUUGCAAACAGCUGGAACAAUAUCGACUGGAGACUACAAUGCAAAGCAAAAUUCGUGUUUAUGAAAGUGGGCGGGCAGAGCAGGAAUACGAUCCUGAUUUGCCACCAGAACUAGCAGCGGCAACAGGUUUCCAUGCUCCAGCUGACAAUUCAAAUGCUGGAAAGUCAGACAUUGGACAGAGUGAUUUGGCUAAAGGAUCUGCUCGUAUGCGGCCACCAAUACCAACUGGAAGAGCAAUACAAGUUGAAACUGGUUAUGGUGAACGCAUCCCCUCCAUUGAAGGUCGAGCUCCUCGACUUCGUGAUUCUGAUGCCAUCAUAGAGAUUGUCUGCCAGGGCUCUCUAGAUGAUUCCCCCCCAAGAGAUGGUGUCCAGGAUGGAGCACACAAUGAUACUCAAAAAGAUGACUUUAAAGUGAGCGAUGCAUCUGAAGAUGACAUGGAACAGACAGAGAAUGAAUAUGCUGUUGGUUUUCCACAGGCCUACAAUGGUCGAAAGGGUGGGAGGAGAACACCUUACAUGAAUUCUGCCCACAACAUGUCUGAGGGAGAUGUUUUGCCCUUCCAUCCCAAAGCACCAGCUCCAUACCACCAGACUGGUUCUAGGGGUCACCCUCCUUCCUACCGUGGUAGGGACUCUGGCACCGCUCAUGAGGAAAGGCGGAUGCAGGGAAGAUCAUGUGAUAGUUCUCCUCAUUUAACUCCUAGUCAAAACUCACGAGACAAGAAAUUUCUUGAUGAUGUGGAGGAAGAAUCAACUGAAAGUAUGGACGCUAAACUCAGUCCACGGAUAUCAUCUCCUAUCACAGUUCGAGAUGCAAGAGAGUUGAGUUCUGAGGAAAAAGAUGAUGUUGAGCCUUUGCAAGCUGAGGGAAGCUCUAGAUUGGGAAGGGAUGAAAUGACUGAGAAUGAAGAAACCACUAAUGAUAAGGAUGGAAAUGUGCACCAUUCUACAAGGAAACAAAAGGUAAGUUCUCAUGUCGAACAGCCUGCAUUGCAACAGCUUGAUGAUGAGGAAGACUCAAAGGCUGCAAGAAGCAGUGAAAAUAGCAAAGCAAGAUCAGGCAGUAGCAAAGAUUAUCAGAAAUGGCAAGAUGGUGUUGAGGAGGAAGUUGUUCAAGAUAGACGUUCUACACGCUCAGGGAGCAUCAGACGGCACCUUGAUGAAAAUGAACAGAAUUUUCAAAGAAAGGAUCGUGAUGUGAGAAGAGAGAUGGAAAGAAAUCGUGGUGUGAUAAGAGGGAGGGAGGAUUCUUAUCCUCAUAGAGACCUGGAUCCUAGCUUGCCCCAUCAUUUGCAUACGAAGCAUGAGAGCUAUGAUAAGCGAAAGGAGCAUGAAAAUCCAGAUAUCUCUUGGCAACAAAGAGAUGAAGAUCCACAUAGCAGAAAACAUAGAACUGAAGACAGGAAGAGGGAACACGGAGAUGAAAUGGGAUCAAGGCACCGGGGUAAGAUUCAGGAGACUGAGAGGAGUGACAAAGGUGAACAUCUUCAUUCAAGGAAACAGUUAGAGAAUGGCAGCUACAGGAUCCAUCAUGAUAAGGAUGGCAGUUCACGGCACAGGGAAAGAGAUGACAAUUUGAAGAGUAGGUUUGAAAUGGUAGAUGACUACCAUAGCAAAAGGAGGAAAGAUGAAGAAUAUGUGAAAAGAGAAUAUGCUGAUAAGGAGGAGAUACUGCAUGGCCACAGAGAAAAUACCAGUCGACGAAGGCACGAAAGAGAUGAUCAGCAAAGGAUUAGAGACAAUCUUGAUGGUUAUCACUCUGUUAAGCAUAAAGACGAGGUCUGGCUCCAAAGAGAGAGGGGUGAGAGGCAGAGGGAGAGGGAGAGGGAGAGGGAGAGGGAGGAGUUAUAUAGGGUAAAACAAUCCAGUGAAGAAAAUUUACCAAAACGAGAGAGAGAAGAAGGACGAGCAUCUGCAAGGAGUGGGCGUGUUGUGGAUGACAAAGCAUGGGCUGGCCAUGCUUGGGGGAAAGAUGAAUAUAAAGUUUCUGAUAAAGAGUACCAACUUAAAGAUACAGUUCGAAUCAGUGAACACCAGAAGAGAAGGGACCGAAUGGAGGAUGAAAGUCUUUCACAUCAUAGGGGACGUGAUGAUGUUUAUGCACGAGGAAAUCAGUUUAGUAAUGAAGAGAGAAGAUCCAGGCAGGAAAGGUCAAGCUCUCGUGUUGAUCGCACUGGAGAUACUUCUGUUAGCCAAAGGGUGCAUGAGAAGAAGCAUAAAGAAAACCCAAGGAAGAAUAAAGAAUCUGAUGGUGGAGAUCAUGGCACUUGGGGCCCUUCCAAAAGAAACCAAGACAACCUGAAUGGUCACAGUGAUGAAACGGUUUUAAAACGCUCUCGUGAGCCAGGAAGCAGAGAGGCUGAGAUCUUGAUGCAAUUGAACUCUUCCAAAAGACUCAAGAAAAAUGCUUCCUCGGAUGAUGAACAACAAGAUUCCAGGAGAGGACGCUCAAAAUUGGAGCGUUGGACAAGCCAUAAAGAGAGGGAUUACAAUAUCAGCAAGGCAUCAGCUUCCUUGAAGUUUAAAGAGACUGAUAGGAAUAACAAUGGUGGAUCUUUACAAGGCAGUAAACUUUCUGAUGAACCCCCUAAGAAAGUUGAGACUGUUGAGAAGCAGGCAAAAAUCGAGACUGUUGAGAAGCAUUGCACAGGUGAAGAGAAAGAUGUUGCUGAUGCAGAGAAUAAGGAUACUGAUACAAAGCCAUCGGAGGACCGGCACUUGGACACGGUUGAGAAGUUGAAGAAGCGGAGUGAGAGGUUCAAGCUUCCAAUGCCAAGUGAGAAAGAUGCCUUCUCAGUAAAAAAGAUGGAGAGCGAGGCAGUGCCUUCUGUCAAACCUGAGACUCCUGCAGAUUCAGAGAUUAAACCAGAGCGGCCUCCUCGAAAACGAAGGUGGAUCAGCAAUUGAAAGCGAAGUUGAGAAUACAUGUUCAAGUGCAUUGCUCUAUUGAUUUUGAGAGCCUUGUUCCUGUCAUACGCCAGUGAUUUAAGAUGGCUUCCAGGGAUGGGCAUGUACCUCUGCGACAGUGAUAAAAUCUUGUAACCAUGUUGUUUCCAUACUUAUUUAAUAUCUAUGUGUACAUACUAAUAGAUGUAACAUUGAACUGGUCACUGAUGCUGGCCCCAGAAUUACAUUUAGUGCCAAUCUGAACUGCAGUACUCCGAUUUAAUCUGCGGUGGCGUGAGGGUGAAAUACACGACCAACAAAUGCUGUUAACAGGAUAGUCCUUGAGAUGAAGCACUAGUUCAAAGAAAUCUGUAUGGAGCACUGGUGCAAUACUUUUGUAUGCUGGUAGAAAUUCUCAUAAAUGUAGAUGUGGACUAGUGAUAUUACACGAUUAUCUGUAUUUAUCAUUCCUUCCCUCUUUAUUUGGGGCGGGAAGCGGGAAACAGGUGAUCAGAAAUCUGUUUUUGUAUAAGAGGAAUGAGUUUCUGGAAA